AAACUGACCAGGUCCACAGCGAACGGCGGCGGGAGCUUGCGCCAGCACCUCGGCCCUAGCAGCCAGCCCCGCGGCGGGGCAGCCGCAGGAGCCCUGGCUGUGGCUGGGGGGCAGUGGGCCAUGCCGGGGGCAGUGGACGGCCCCAGCUGGAAGCAGGCAGAGGACAUCAGGGACAUUUACGACUUUCGCGAUGUUCUGGGCACGGGAGCCUUCUCUGAGGUCAUCCUGGCAGAAGACAAAAGGACGCAGAAGCUGGUGGCCAUCAAGUGCAUCGCCAAGAAGGCCCUGGAGGGCAAGGAGGGCAGCAUGGAGAACGAAAUUGCUGUCCUGCACAAGAUCAAGCACCCCAACAUUGUAGCCCUGGAUGACAUCUACGAGAGCGGGGGCCACCUCUACCUGGUCAUGCAGCUGGUGUCAGGUGGGGAGCUGUUUGACCGCAUCGUGGAGAAAGGCUUUUACACUGAGCGGGACGCCAGCCGCCUCAUCUUCCAGGUGCUAGAUGCAGUCAAGUACCUGCACGAGCUGGGCAUUGUGCACCGGGAUCUCAAGCCAGAGAACCUGCUCUACUACAGUCUGGAUGAAGACUCCAAGAUCAUGAUUUCCGACUUUGGUCUCUCCAAGAUGGAGGACACAGGCAGUGUGCUAUCCACGGCCUGUGGGACACCAGGAUAUGUGGCCCCUGAGGUUCUGGCCCAGAAGCCCUACAGCAAGGCCGUGGACUGCUGGUCCAUCGGGGUCAUUGCCUAUAUCCUGCUCUGUGGCUACCCUCCCUUCUACGACGAGAAUGAUGCCAAACUCUUCGAGCAAAUCCUGAAGGCUGAGUACGAGUUUGACUCUCCUUACUGGGACGACAUCUCCGACUCUGCCAAAGACUUCAUCCGGCACUUGAUGGAGAAGGACCCAGAGAAGCGGUUCACCUGUGAGCAGGCCUUGCAGCACCCGUGGAUCGCAGGAGACACAGCUCUAGACAAGAACAUCCACCAGUCAGUGAGCGAGCAGAUCAAGAAGAACUUUGCCAAGAGCAAGUGGAAGCAAGCCUUCAAUGCCACGGCCGUGGUGCGGCACAUGAGGAAGCUGCAGCUGGGCACCAGCCAGGAGGGCCAGGGGCAGCCAGCCAGCCACGGGGAGCUGCUGACGCCAGCCGCAGGGGGUGAGCACAGGGCCUGUGGUCAGGCACCUGGGCAGGGGCGGGGUGUGUGCUCCACAGCCAACUCUACCCUCUUCCCAUGCAGGACCGGGGGCCGGCUGCUGCUGUCGGGACUGCUGCGUGGAACCGGGUCCGGAGCUUCCCCCCACGCUCCCCCCACAGCUGUAGGGCUGGGAUCUCCUGUCCCGGAGAGGUGGGGUAGCCUGCUCUCCUUCCUCCCUGCCUGCCCCAGGCCCUGCCAUCCUCACUAUGUUUUCCAUACAAAUGUUUCUAUUUUAUUGUUCCUUCUUGUAAUAAAGGGAAGAUAAAACCG